GCAAACACUACACUCUUGGGUUGCCAUCCAUCGCAGUUGAUGCUGUCAACCUAGAGGUGACAACUCGAGCACUCCCUCCGUCAGCUUCCCUCCUGGCCUUAGGCCAACUCUGACAAUGGCCGCUUCGUUCGUACGAGCCGCAGGCUGGCACUCCGCCAAACGACUUUGCGUCCGACCUAGCUUUCAGACUCUCUCACGGCAGUCGCCUCUCCUUUCUCGCGCGAUUUCUACGACUCCUCAUCGAAGAGCCACUCAUCAACCACCUGGUAACCCCGAGACCGGCGGGGGACCACUAGGAACCACCAUCAGCCCGACAGAUUCUACCUUUACCAAACAUACCCAGCAAGACUCGCUUCUAGUGAACAAAGCGCCGGACGCGAAUUUGGGCGAUGACUAUGAGACAAGAAAGAUCCGUCACUACACCGUGAACUUCGGACCACAGCAUCCUGCAGCACACGGUGUGUUGCGUCUCAUCCUGGAGCUAAAUGGAGAAGAGAUUAUUCGAGCAGAUCCCCACGUUGGAUUGCUACACCGUGGCACAGAAAAGUUGAUCGAGUACAAGACAUAUCUGCAAGCUCUCCCGUACUUUGACAGGUUUGACUAUGUCUCGAUGAUGACGAAUGAGCAAGUCUUUUCACUCGCUGUCGAGAAACUUCUUAACAUCGAUAUCCCGGAACGAGCCAAGUACAUCCGCACCCUGUUUGGCGAAAUUACCAGGAUCUUGAACCACUUAAUGUCAAUUCUUUCGCACGCCAUGGAUGUCGGAGCUCUGACGCCGUUCUUAUGGGGAUUCGAGGAGCGAGAGAAACUUAUGGAAUUCUAUGAACGUGUUUCUGGUGCACGACUCCAUGCUGCCUAUGUCCGGCCCGGUGGCGUCAAGGCAGAUUUGCCUCUCGGCUUGCUGGAUGAUAUUUAUGCUUGGGCGACUCAAUUCGGCGACCGCAUUGACGAGACCGAGGAACUUCUGACUGACAACCGAAUCUGGAUCGGCAGAACUAAGGGUAUUGGUGUUGUGACCGCUGCAGAUGCCCUCAACUAUUCAUUCUCUGGUGUCAUGCUUCGAGGCUCAGGUGUUCCUUGGGAUAUUCGAAAGAGCCAACCCUACGAUGCGUACGACAAGGUCGAGUUCGAUGUCCCGGUCGGACAGAACGGCGAUUGCUACGAUAGAUACCUGUGUCGUAUGGAAGAAUUCCGACAGUCGCUACGCAUCAUCCACCAAUGCUUGAAUCAGAUGCCUCCUGGACCUCACAAGGUUGAGGACUAUAAGGUCGCCCCGCCACCCCGAGCCGCCAUGAAGGAAAAUAUGGAAGCUCUUAUCCACCACUUCUUACUCUUCACCAAAGGCUACACUGUACCUCCUGGAGAUACAUACACGGCGAUUGAGGCUCCUAAGGGAGAGAUGGGUGUGUAUCUGGUCAGUGACGGCAGUGAGCGUCCCUACCGAUGCAAAGUUCGGGCUCCUGGUUUUGCACAUUUGGGUUCCUUCGACCAGAUCAGCCGUGGACAUCUCCUAGCUGAUGCCGUCGCCAUUAUCGGCACUAUGGAUCUAGUAUUCGGAGAAGUGGAUAGAUAAUCACGUGGCAAUGAAGCUGAGGAAGAGGUUCAACGUGUCUCACGGUUGACAGUGAGUGACAAUCAGGGGCAGCUACCGAACAAUACCAAUAGCGCUAGGAAGGGAGUUUUGUAGGCAACGCACCAAAUCGAGUAUUGUAACUAAGAUACUAGCUUAACCGGGUCUAAAACAGCUGCCGCUUGAACCGUCCAAGCAGUAGUUGGACUUCGUAUUGAAUAGGCCUUCCGCCUACUACAUGUAUUGUCC